UGGAGCUUAGACUAAUGAACAAUAUCACGCGAGGGUGGACGAAGCAUUGUGCCGUCCAGCGACUGCUGGCAAGGUCCUAUCUCUGCUGGGAUCACUAGACCUAUAGUGAGCUGACCUGUCCUCACAUUUUGUAAGGACAUUUUGGAUGUGACACCUCUGUCAGUGUAUUAUGGACCAAGGUUCGGUUGUUUCCUAUGAACCGGUCCAACCUCACUGGCUCUACUAUGAUCAUGUGGACAGUGAUGGUGCCUUUCAGCCAGUACGACUCAAACAAUCUCAAUGAUGCUUUCAACAGAGUGACAGAGGGGCAAGAGGAAGUUGUGGCCACUGAAGGGGCUCACUAUGACGUCCUGCUGACGGAGCGAAUCCGACGGGCAGCCUACUGGAAGGAGGAGCCCACCUCGGUCCGCCGGGGCACGUGGUUCUAUAAGGGCGCCAAUGACCACCACUACAUACCAUACCCAGAGUCCUUCAGUGAGCGCCUGGAGCUGGCAUUUAUGGGGGCUAUGCUGCAAGACCAGUGGAGGAAGACUGUGGAGCUUCCAACUGGUGAGGUAGUAAUUCUUCAUAACCCCAAGCUUGCCACACCAUGGCCUUCAGUGACAUCAAUAGAUGACUGGGCUUCCACUGAUCAUAAAAAUGCUUGUUCAGUGAAAAGGGGAAUAGAAAACACUGGUGCUGAGAUUCCUCAGGGACAGCCUGAGACUGUUGAUCACCUGGUGUUUAUGGUGCAUGGGAUUGGGCCUGCAUGUGAUUUUCGCUUUCGAACCAUCAUCUCAUGUGCAAGUAGCUUUCGUCAUGCGGCACGGGAGCUGGUGGAGACCCACUGCAGGGCAGCGCGAGCCGGGGGCCGGGUGGGCCGGGUGGAGUUCCUGCCAGUCGAUUGGCACACCCGUCUCCAUGGCAACGCCACGGGAGUGGACAAGGUCAUACAACGCAUCAGCCUGCCUAGCAUCGAGCGGCUCCGAACCUUUACCAAUGAAACAUUACUGGACCUGUUCUUCUACAGCAGCCCCACCUACUGCCAGAUCAUCCUUGACACCGUGGCGACGGAGCUCAACCGCCUCCAUGGCCUCUUCUGUUCUCGUCACCCUGACUUCCAGGGCCAGGUGUCUCUAGUGGGCCACAGUCUAGGCUCUCUCAUUCUGUUUGACCUUCUGACUAACCAGGUGAUUGGCUCAGGCCAUCCCCACUCCCCUGAGGACCUUGGCAGAGGUGUGACAGCCAUUUUGGCUCCUAGUCCCCAGAGUAGUGGCCUGAGUGCAACAGUGAGCAGUAUGUCUUCAGACGGAAACCAGCCCACCAAGUUCCACCGCAUGCGUCUGAUCAGCAGCAGUGUGGACAAUGACAGUUAUGACAUAGGGGUUGGCCAGGUGUCCAUCCGAUAUCCUCAGCUCUCCUUUAACCCCUACAUGCUCUUUGCUUUGGGCUCCCCUAUCGGGAUGUUCCUGACUGUCCGGGGUCUCAGGCACAUUGACCCUGACUAUUCCUUACCCACCUGCAAGGGCUUCUACAACAUCUAUCAUCCUCUGGACCCAGUGGCAUACCGUGUCGAGCCUCUGAUCGAACCCAACACAUUCAUGCCACCUGUCCUCAUUCCACACAUCAUUACUAAGAGGAUAAACCUGAACUUUGGGCAGAGUGUGGCACGCCUGACCACAGACCUGCAGCACAAGAUGGCGUCUGUACUUUUCUACGCCUGGCAGUACCUCAGCCGCAGACCCAGUGGCAGGAAACUGAGCAUACAAAGUUCAUCAGCUUUACAGCAACAAGAGUCCAGCACAGUCCCAGCCCAGUCAGAGAGGACCAAUGGCAUCAGUACUGGGAUGCUGAACAGGGGGCGAAGGAUUGACUAUGUCCUCCAACAAACGACCAUGGAGAGCAUCAAUGAAUAUCUGUUUGCCAUCCAGAGUCACUUGUGUUACUGGGAGUCAGAGGACACCGUUCUGCUACUCCUGAAGGAAAUCUAUGAGGAGUCCGACAUUGUGUUUGAAGACCUGCCAUCAUAAACAAUUAAAGUUGCUUUUCUCAGACUGUAA